CCCAAUCGCAAGCUCAAGCAAAAACACAAAGCGCUUAAACCACACUCAAACCAACCGCCAACAAACAGGCCUCCUAGUCCCGACCAGAACUUGCUCGUAGCCCCGCCCCCGAGAACCCGACAGCGCGAGAUGGCUCCCGAGCUGAUGACAGCCAAGAUGACCGCCAAGGCCGCGGCGGCGGCGGCGGCGGUGAAGCCUGCCACGAGGGCGUACGUGACGUUCCUUGCGGGCGACGGCGACUACUGGAAGGGCGUGGUGGGGCUGGCCAAGGGCCUGCGCAAGGUCCGCUCGGCCUACCCCCUGGUGGUGGCGGUGCUGCCCGACGUGCCCGAGUCCCACCGCCGCAUCCUCGUCUCGCAGGGCUGCGUCGUCCGCGAGAUCGAGCCCGUGUACCCGCCUGAGAACCAGACGCAGUUCGCCAUGGCGUACUACGUCAUCAACUACUCCAAGCUCCGCAUCUGGGAGUUCGUGGAGUACGAGAGGAUGGUGUACCUGGACGCGGACAUCCAGGUGUUCGAGAACAUCGACGGCCUGUUCGAGCUCGAGAAGGGGUACUUCUACGCGGUGAUGGACUGCUUCUGCGAGAAGACGUGGAGCCACACCCCGCAGUACAGGAUCGGCUACUGCCAGCAGUGCCCGGACAAGGUGGCGUGGCCAGCGGCGACCGCCGAGCUGGGCCCUCCGCCGUCGCUCUACUUCAACGCCGGCAUGUUCGUGCACGAGCCCAGCGUGGCCACCGCCAAGGCGCUCCUCGACACCCUCCGCGUGACUCCGCCCACCCCCUUCGCAGAGCAGGACUUCCUGAACAUGUUCUUCAGGGAUCAGUACAGGCCGAUCCCCAACGUGUACAACCUCGUGCUGGCCAUGCUCUGGAGGCACCCCGAGAACGUGCAGCUGGAGAAGGUGAAGGUCGUGCACUACUGCGCGGCGGGGUCCAAGCCGUGGAGGUUCACGGGCAAGGAGGCGAACAUGGACAGGGAGGACAUCAACGCCCUGGUGAACAAGUGGUGGGACAUCUACAACGACGAGACGCUGGACUUGAAGGGCCUGCCCUCGCUCUCGCCCGACGACGACGACGAGGUGGAGGCGGUGGCCAAGAAGCCGCUUCGCGCGGCCCUGGCGGAGGCCGGCACGGUCAAGUACGUCACCGCGCCCUCGGCCGCGUGAUCCCGUGCUCUGGCCUUCCCCCACCGCGCACCGUACCGGUGGCCGCGCGCUAUAGCUUGUGUGUGUGUGGCCAUCGCGGAACAUAAGAAGAAUCUCUCACUAUAAAGGCCUUCGUUCUGUGUUUGCAUUUUGGUUUUGGAUUAGGGUGUCUAAUUUUUCACCAGUUCCUUUUCCCCUUGUGUAAGUGUGGAGCUUACUAUAUAGCUAGCGCCCAUUUCAAGGUGCUGCAAGCGUUGGUCAGGAAUUGGGCUAGAGUGUUUGUCCUGUACCGAGGGAUUAUGUGUAUUUUUGCUAUUUCGCUCGGUAAAUUAAUACAAUAAUAAAAAAUAGGGAGCCGCAAAAUUAUGGCCA